AUGCUCUACAACAAGGUUGUUCUCGCCGCUGCUGCGGCCACGGCUGUCAACGCUCAGCGUCCCUCUGAUGAGUCCAUCUGCGACUACUACACCACUGCUCUCCUCAAGGAGAAUACCGCCGAGAAUCAGGCUACUCUUCUGACUCUUGUCGUCAACACUGUGGUCAUUGGCAACUACACCGAGCCCAACGUUGGCAUCAAGGUUCCUGGUAUCCUGGCCCCUGGCGCGGUCGACGGCGAGGAAGUCAACCUGUUGCCCUACUUCAGCGGUGAGCUUGCCACCACCAACAGGGGCGGCAGCGAGGGUGUCAAGGUCAACUUUCUUGACGGUGGUGCCGCCGAGCCCCUCAAAAAGAAUAUGCCCUCCGACGACGAAGAGUCCAACCAAUACUUCCUCCUCACCCAUCUCUACCAGUUCUUCGGCUCUCUGCUCGGCUGCACUAUGCAGGGCAUGUCCGGCUUCGACGCCUAUACGGCCGACCCAUCUAUGUACGAGGUUCAUAAGUUCAUGAACCUCAACCUCGCUGAGAACACCUACUUCAUCCAGCAGGUUGGCAUGGCCGCAGCCUCCUUCGGUGUUGCCGAAGAGGACGUUACUACUGUUGGAACGGCUCUCAAUUCCCUCUUCAACGUCCGCUGCGCCCCUCCCGCUACUGCUGUCAAGGCCCAGGGCCCUCAGUUGCAGUCUAUCUGCAUCGAUGAGGAGACUUGCCCUCUGGCCGAGGACGCCAACUGCGCACUAUACAGCGGCCAUGGCGGCAACAGCACCACCACCCCAACCAGCAGCGGUAUGCCCACAGCCACUGGUGGUAACGGUGACGGCGGCGGCGCCGAGCCCACCGCUGUUCCCACGGACGCUGCUGCCGUCCACGGACUCGGCCUUGGCGCCCUCGUCGCAGCUGUUGCUGCUCUCGCUCUCUAA